UGACGGACAGGCGGAGGCCCGGUGUGGUGUGUUUUGUCUGCAGCCUGAGCCCCAGUAACCGGAUAUAUAACAGCGGCGCUUGAAAAUGAUUAAGAAAUUUGACAAGAAGGACGAAGAGUCCGGAAGUGGUUCUAAUCCCUAUCAACACUUGGAAAAAAGUGCUGUUCUUCAAGAGGCUCGGUUAUUCAACGAGACUCCCAUAAAUCCAAGAAGAUGUCUCCAUAUUUUAACCAAAAUCUUGUACCUGCUGAACCAAGGUGAACACUUUGGAACUAUGGAAGCGACAGAAGCAUUUUUUGCUAUGACACGAUUAUUCCAGUCAAACGAUCAAACCCUAAGAAGGAUGUGUUACCUCACCAUCAAGGAGAUGGCUAAUAUUUCAGAGGAUGUUAUUAUUGUCACAAGCAGUCUGACCAAGGACAUGACUGGGAAAGAAGAUGUGUAUAGAGGACCAGCAAUCCGGGCACUCUGCAGUAUCACUGACGCCACCAUGCUGCAAGCCAUUGAGCGAUAUAUGAAACAGGCAAUAGUAGAUAAAGUUCCUAGUGUCUCCAGCUCUGCAUUGGUGUCUUCAUUGCAUAUGAAUAAAAUAAGCCACGAUGUGGUGAAAAGAUGGAUCAAUGAGGCUCAGGAGGCAGCUUCUAGUGACAACAUCAUGGUGCAGUAUCAUGCACUAGGACUUCUGUACUACUUACGAAAGAAUGAUCGACUUGCAGUUUCCAAGAUGCUCAACAAAUUCACAAAGUCUGGGUUAAAAUCUCCAUUUGCAUACUGCAUGUUAAUACGAAUUGCCAGCCGGCUUCUGGACGAGUCUGAAGAGGGACACAACAGUCCUCUUUUUGACUUCAUUGAAAGCUGUCUUCGAAACAAACAUGAGAUGGUAAUUUAUGAAGCUGCCUCAGCAAUAAUUCACCUGCCUAACUGCACAGCGAGGGAACUGGCUCCUGCUGUAUCUGUUCUGCAACUUUUCUGUAGCUCUCCAAAACCUGCUUUGCGGUACGCUGCUGUAAGGACGCUUAAUAAAGUGGCAAUGAAGCAUCCCUCUGCUGUUACUGCGUGCAACCUUGACUUAGAGGGCCUUAUCACAGAUUCUAAUCGUAGCAUUGCAACACUGGCCAUCACCACACUCCUGAAAACUGGCAGUGAGAGCAGCGUUGACAGGCUUAUGAAACAGAUCUCUACUUUUGUGUCUGAAAUUUCUGAUGAGUUUAAAGUAGUUGUUGUGCAAGCUAUUAGUGCCUUAUGUCAGAAGUACCCACGCAAGCACACAGUGAUGAUGACCUUCCUUUCCAACAUGCUCAGGGAUGACUCUGUGCUGUCCCUUCAGGGUGGUUUUGAAUACAAACGUGCAAUUGUGGACUGCAUUAUCAGCAUCAUAGAGGAAAAUCCAGACAGCAAAGAGUCUGGUUUGGCCCAUUUGUGUGAAUUUAUUGAGGAUUGCGAGCACACUGUACUAGCCACAAAGAUAUUACAUUUGUUGGGUAAAGAAGGACCACGAACACCCACCCCUUCUAAAUACAUCCGCUUCAUCUUCAACAGAGUAGUACUGGAAAAUGAAGCAGUACGAGCAGCCGCUGUUAGUGCUUUGGCAAAGUUUGGUGCCCAAAAUGAAUGCCUCCUCCCCAGCGUUUUGGUUCUACUUCAGAGGUGCAUGAUGGACAGUGACGAUGAAGUGCGGGACAGAGCAACAUUUUACUUCAACGUAUUGAAACAGAAACAGUUAACGCUGAACGCUGCGUAUAUUUUCAAUGGGUUGACAGUCUCUGUGCUUGGAAUGGAGAAAGCUUUGCACCAGUACACUCUGGAACCUUCAGAUAAACCAUUUGACAUGAAGAGUGUUCCUUUAGCCACUGUUCCCUUUAUGGAACAAAAAACAGACCUUGCUUCUAUGGCUAACAAGCAGCCUGAAAAAGUUUUGCCUGCUCGACAAGACAUCUUUCAAGAACAACUGUCUGCCAUUCCUGAAUUCAGGAGUUUGGGGCCCUUAUUCAAAUCCUCUGAACCUGUGCAGCUUACAGAAGCUGAGACAGAGUAUUUUGUGCGAUGCAUUAAGCAUGUGUUUACAGAUCAUAUUGUUUUUCAGUUUGACUGCACCAACACAUUAAAUGAUCAGUUACUUGAAAAGGUAACUGUGCAGCUGGAGCCUUCAGAAGCCUAUGAAGUAACUCAUUAUGUACCGGCACAGAGCCUUCCCUACAACCAGCCUGGAAUGUGUUACACUCUAGUCAAGCUUCCCGAAGAUGAUCCUACGGCAGUGUCCUGCACCUUUAACUGUACAAUGAAGUUUGUUGUCAAAGACUGUGAUCCACAAACCGGUAUACCAGUUGAUGAAGGUUACAGUGAUGAAUAUGUGCUGGAAGACUUGGAGGUGGGACUUGCAGAUCACAUUCAAAAGGUCUUGAAACCAAACUUUGGUGCUGCUUGGGAAGAGGUGGGCGAUAUGUAUGAAAAAGAAGAAACCUUCGCUCUCAGUACAACUAAAACAUUGGAAGAGGCUGUUACCAACAUCAUUAAGUUCUUGGGAAUGCAGCCAUGUGAGAGGUCUGACAAGGUGCCUGAGAACAAAAACUCACAUGUACUUUAUUUGUCAGGUGUGUACAGGGGCGGACAUGAUGUUCUUUUGCGAUCCAAGCUUGCCCUUAGUGAUGGUGUUACAAUGCAAGUUACGGUCAGGAGCACAGAUGAAACGCCAGCUGAUGUCAUCCUGGCCUCUGUGGGAUAGGAAAUCCAACAUACAUCCUCCAUAUCUCAUAAAGGAAAUCAUAACAUUUCAGGAAAAAGUAACUCCUAUGUUUCCCUUCUAAUAUACCAUACAACCUCUGGAACUCGAAUUCUUGCUCUAAGUCUUAUGUCUGAACUUCCCAACAACUCUGUGAUUUACAAAAAAUAAAUGCCUUGGAGACAGAAGCAGCAGCAGUUAAAGGAUCAAAGUCGAUGACUCCGGAUCCUUGCAAUUGUUCAUUCCAGCGUUUGUGUUUUCAAAUGAAGCAUGGCAAAAUGUGUUUCCUGUCUAGCCUUGAGAGACUUUUUGUACCUAGAUAAAACCAUUAAUAUUUCAGCUAUUAUGUCUCUACAGGUUUAGUACUACAGCAGAACUGCCACAUAUUACCAAAUAAAAAUGUAGUUCUAACUUGCAA